CGCGGCCACAGUCGAUUCCUUCUUUCAGGAUGUCCGUCUGCCGUUGCAUAAGGCAAUAAAGCUUAUGUACUGCUUCACAUCUGACUUCUCCUACGAGGUUACCGCAACGGAGGUAUCCGACGUAGGAGAAGAUCAGGAAGUUUUAUCAACGGACACGAUUGCAGCGUGGUUCCGCUAUUGUCGGGAGAUGAUAGUGGACCACGUUUGCAAAAUGCAAGCGGGCAAGCCGAAAUUAGGCGGGAUCGAUGAAGGAGGUUCUGCAAUCGUUGUACAGAUCGAUGAGGCCAAAUUCGGCAAGCGGAAGUACAACCGUGGCCGUAUCAUCGACGGCCACUGGGUACUUGGCAUGGUCGACACAUCGACCAACGAUUGCAGAAUGGUUGUCGUUGAAAACCGGGAAGCGGCAACCUUGAUCCCCCUAAUUAAAGCAAAUGUUGCUGCAGGCAGUGAGAUCCAUACGGACUCAUUUAGGAGUUACAUGGGUCUCGCUGCUGAAGGAUUCACCCAUAAGAUGGUGAAUCAUAGCGUCGAAUUUGUUGCGCCUGAUGGAACUCAUACGCAACAAAUCGAAGCUAACUGGCGACCGGCAAAGGAUUGGAUGCGUGGAAGAAGCCGCUUCCACGACGAAGACUUUGCCGAUCGCCUGUGUGAGUAUUUGUGGAGGAAAUUCUGCAAAUCUCACACAAUUCAUCUUAUGGAUUCCUUGAUCGCAGCAAUCAAGGAGCAAUACGUUUUCGAAUAAGGUCAAAAACUACAAAAAAAAGGACCCCUUAAUUUGUGGUCCCCCAAAACGAAGUUUUACCCAUUUAUGCAUUUAUACAUUUAUUCUGUUUAUG